UCGGCCCGCCUGGCCUUCGGCUUCAGCAGCUGGGACAUCGCCCUGCUCGUCUUCUGGGGGCCCAUCGGCUUCGCACCCUGCUUCUUCUUCAUGUGGCUUAUGGACAAGAAGGGUCUGAGAGUAACUGUGUUAUUAACAUCAUCCCUGAUGGUAUUGGGAGCUGGCCUACGAUGUGUUCCAGUUUCAGACCUAGAAAUAAGGAAGAAACUGAUUCACGGCGGGCAGCUGCUGAACGGGUUGGCAGGGCCGACGGUGAUGAACGCGGCGCCGUUCCUGUCCACUACGUGGUUUUCUCCGGAUGAACGUGCCACGGCCACCGCCAUCGCGUCUCUGCUCAGUUACCUGGGUGCCGCCGGUGCCUUCCUGGUGGGACCUCUCGUCGUUCCUUCUCCUAACGGAUCAUCGCAUCAGCUCGGGUCAGGAAGCAACAUGGAGCACAUCAAGGACCGCAUCGAGGCUGUACUGUAUGCAGAAUUUGGAAUGGUUUCCUUGAUAUUUUCCGCAGCGUUGGCCUACUUCCCCUCACGCCCUCCGUUCCCUCCCAGCGUGGCUGCAGCUAGUCAACGGCUUAGCUACAGGAGAAGUUUUUGUAGACUCUUAAGCAAUUUCCGAUUCUUGAUGAUUGCUCUAGCCUAUGCUAUACCAUUGGGUGUUUUCUCUGGCUGGUCUGGUGUUCUGGAUAUGAUAUUAACACCAGUUCAUGUAAGCCAAGUAGAUGCAGGCUGGAUUGGAUUUUGGUCCAUAGUUGGAGGUUGUGUUGUUGGCAUAGCAAUGGCAAGAUUUGCAGAUUUUAUCAGGGGAAUGCUGAAAUUUAUAUUGCUGCUGCUUUUAUCUGGAGCAACAUUAGCAUCAACCUGGUUCACUCUCACCUGUCUAAACAGUGUCACUCAUCUGCCUUUAACCACAGCUACACUGUACACAUCCUGUAUUUUGUUGGGUAUAUUCCUGAACAGCAGCGUACCGAUAUUCUUUGAGCUCUUUGUGGAAACAGUCUACCCCGUUCCAGAGGGAAUUACCUGCGGAGUUGUCACCUUCCUGAGUAACGUGUUUAUGGGAGUGCUUUUGUUUUUCCUCACAUUUUACCAUACAGAAUUUUCCUGGUUCAACUGGUGCCUGCCGGGGUCGUGUCUGCUCAGUCUGCUCCUCAUCCUGUGCUUCCGGGAAUCCUACGACAGACUCUAUCUCGACGUGGUCGUCUCCGUGUGAUAACACAGAACUGACCACGGUUUGGAAGAGGCCAGACGUC